CGGGCUAAACUGAGAUGAUGGAAUUAAGACUAAGGUAAUAACCUGACUAGAACUAGGGCUAGAGUGCAUCAUCUUUUCUAUUAUUGCGUGUUGUUAUGGUUGAGUGCAGGUUCCCGUUAUCUUUAAAGAUAGUUUCAUAGCAGGAGGCUGAACUAUCUGGGUAACUGUUUGAUUGAGUUGAUUUCUUUUUAGGGUUAAUUAAGUGCUUGCUGGUUUAAUUAAUCUUGUAGAUUGAGGUUAGUCAAGGGAGUGGCUAACUGGUUGAGUUGUUUAGUGAUGAUGUUGUUUCUUAGUUGAUUAGAUGUUAGUACUAAGGAUCCUAGGCCAUAUAGGCCGGAUUACUGGUACAUAGGUUAGUGUCGUAGAGUCGAGAUAGGUAGUCUGGAAUCUGUCUUUAGGCUAUGUUAUAGAAUAGGUUGUGUUGAGUGUGUAGUGCCGACAGCAUGUGGGAAAUCCGCCCAUGCUAGGCAUGUUUAGGGGUAAACUAGUGUUUCCUCGGCCUCGUACCCAACAGGUUGAAAGAAACCCCUUAUUCUCUAGAUCAAAAAGACUCAGAUAGACGGGGUCAUGGCCUAUGGCUGAGUAUUACACGACGAUGUAAUGUGGCAGUGACCCGAAGGACUCUGGACUGUCGCGCGGUGACCCGAUGGACUGUGGGCCGCGGUCGGUUGAAAGUUCCUUCUUCUGACCUUUGUGGUAGGAAGAUAGGAUAUUUCCGAUAGAGAGGAUGAACACGAAGUCACCAGGGCCCAGGUUAGAGUGUCGAGUUAGAGUAUAGGGUAGAUUAAAGGGUUAUUGAACCCUAGAGUAAAUGUAACACCGAAAUACGGUGUUAGGAGUUAGAUCGAGUCAUAUUAAGUUAUAGUUUUAUUAUUGUGAUUGUGAUUGGCUAUUGGUUGUUGACUUGUUUUCAUGCAGGUUCCUGUUACUUGAAGUUAGACCACGGCAGGAGGCCAAAUCUAACUUAGUAACGGUUUGAUUUAGAUUAUGAAUGAGUUUAAUUGUGAUUGUUUGCUUAGCUUUAGCUUUGAUUGCAUGCUAGGACUAGGUUGAUUGUUAUUUUGGGUUGUCCGGGUUAGAGUCUAGGUUGCGGGUAGAGGCGGCCGGCUCACUGAGUGACGUUAGGUUACUCAUUCAACUCUGUUGUCCUUUUGCAGGUAGCUUUAGUAAGGAUGAUCGGAUAGAUUGGUGAUGGACGCUAGGACCACCGGUGUACAUUUUCAUGCCUUUUGUUAACGGUAUUUUGGAUUUGUGUUUAGUUGACUCGAUUUGGCAUUAAGCCGGGACCGAUCUCGAAUUAUAUCAGUGUAUGGAUGUUUCUUGAAUCAAUAAAGUAUUUGUUUUAUAUGCGCAUCAUGAGUACUUUGAUAUUUGACUAGUUCGGUCUAACACAACGUUAGGUCACGGUACGGGUUGAAAAGCCUUAGGCCUCGAUCUAACAGAAAAUGCUAACUCUUGGUAUGGGUUGCAAAGCCUUACGCAUUGAAUUAACGGGACGAGUUAGUGGAUGAACUGGUCUAAGUCGUGGAGUAAAUUUUGUGACUCUGACCGGAUUGUCCCUAGCACGUCACGUAGCACUUCUGGACCAUGGUGUUGGAUUGGACGGUUAUAUUCUUGUUUGAUUGUUGGCUGGCCGGUUGGCCUUUCAUCUCCAACCCUUGGUGUGGGUCGUCCGUCGGUCAUGUUCUUGUUUUAUUGUUAGCCGGUGGGUCGACCUAUGUCUAGGACGGUCAAGGGGUGUUACAGUAGCCGUGAACAAUGGCUUAAAAACACAUAAAUAAGGUUCUGAGUCGUCCAGGGGUAUUAUGGUAACUUGUGGUAACUUCUGGGCUUAAGUCGGUCAUGAAAUAGGCUCGGCCCGCCUUCUGGGUUCACCUUCGAUCAACACCAAGGCUGUGUUGUCGAUCGACAUUCAUUCAUCUCCUUGACAGCUUCUUCUAGUGAGGCAGACGUACCAAUCUUCAGUCAAUCGGGCAUAACUUCUUCUAUAGGAUGAUGAUUGACCUCAAACCAUUGGCACUGGAAAGCUAACUCAAAGCUCUAUCUUUUGUUAAAAAAUGGGCUCAAUAUCACUCUGGAAAAGUCUCCAUCCGUAGCUAAACAUCUGACGCGUCUGUGCAGUUCUGCACCACAAAAGACUCCAAAGUCACCAUAGUUUUCCAAAACAUACAUGAACUUGAAAACACUCUAAAACAUACUCCAAACCCAUAUAAUAUACUCUAAAUAGGUCAUAUACCAUGGUCUAAAAGUGGUAAAAUCCAUGGUAUAUCAAUGAUUGGUCGGCGUUUAGGUCGUGCAUGGUGACUUUGAUGUCUGUUCCCGGCAUAUCUUGUUCCGACCAUGCAAACAUUUCCAGGUUUUUUUUUAAGAAUGCGAGGAGGUCGUUUCUUAUUUCCAUGUUGGCUGGGUAGUUCCUGCGGCGGUCUCAUUUCGUGUUAUAGGUUGCCUUGGUUCUAUGGACCGCAUAUUUAAAAGAAUAGUCAUAUAACAAGCUCGCAAGGAUUUCUGAGUACCCCAAAUUGUGUCUUCUCUCCCAUCUCUUCUUCUUCUUAUAGUCUCCUUUCUUGGUUGUUCAAACUGAUCUCUGAGAAUCACGGACUUACUCAUUGACUGAGUCGAGCUCGCAGAUCCGUCUUGGUUUGAGUCCGAUCAUGGGCCUGCUCGGGCUUUUGAUGCUUAUUAUUGGGCCCAGCAAGAGAUAUGUGAGCGAGGACUGGAGAGAGAAGCGUGAGGAGAAAAGAGAGGAUGGGGCGAGGAGAGAAGAUAGAGAGAGACAUGGGCGAGGAGAGGACUGAGGAGAGAGAGAGAGAGAUAGGGGAAGGAUGAGAGAUGAAGGCGAGGUGUUCUAUGAACUUCUCGGAAAAUCGUUUUGUAUGAUUCUAAACAACCGUCCAAAGAUUAUUUCGUAAACGCUGAUUUUCGUAUUGUUUUACGAAGGUUAUUAUAUUAGGUCGCUUAUUUUUACUAUACAAAAGUUUCUUCAUUUAAACAUCAAUUGAAACGGCUUUGCUAUAUUCUUUGUUGUAAGUAUGUUUUGUUGGAUGACUUUUAUUCACGAAUAAACUCUUAGGUUUUUCUUAGAAAGGAUCGUGUUUCGGAUAAUUUCGUCAUAAUGUGUAACGACCCGGUUAUUAAGAAAACAAUGGUCGGUUUGGUUUGUUCUAAUUUUAUUUUAAUUUCACCUAAACCAUUGGUUUGAAUUUAAUUAAUUAGCCUUUAAACCAAACCCUUGUGUUGUCGUUGGUUAGUGGCAUAUAUAUAUAUAAUUAUAUGUAUUCAGUUCUUUCCCCAAUAACCUAGCCGUCUCCAUCUCGGGCUUGUGUACAGAUUAUGUUUGUGCCGUCACCACAAAACGAUCAUAUAAUUUGCUGCGUACGAGGGAAGCUUCAUCACACCAGCAAUGGAGCAUCGCAAUCGGAGCUGUGACGUAUAGCCGCCGUUGUCAAAGAUCCUUCGCCUCUCCCUUAUGGUCGCCGUGCAUCAGAUCCGAGAGGCUUAGAUGUGGAGAAGAGACGCACGUACACGGAGUCACCACGUAACGUCCGGCGCUGAUCACCACCGUCAAUCACCGUAGACCCACCGCCGGGAUGUCACUUUAUUUCCUUGUCACACCGGAGCCACCAUGUAUGGUUUGAGACAUAGACUUGUCGUUAAGGAUCAACCACCAUUGUAUUAUGGGCGUCAUGCUAUUGAUCCGAGAAGCAUAAGACGUGAGGAGAAAAAGAGUUAAGACGGAGCCACCGUCUCAUCACCGCUGAUCACCGAUCCGCACUGUCAUGCGUUGUUAGUCACCGUAAAUGGAGCCCACGUCGCCAAAGUGUGAGACCCUUUAACGUGAUUCCAAGCCGUAAUAGCUAAGUGACCUUUUCUCUAUUCCUUGUGUGGCAAGAUACCUUUGUAGGUUAAAACCGAAUCAUAACUUGUGCAUGGUGUAAUCUUGCGACUUAGGUGAGACUUAAUCAACAAGUAAUUCAUGCUAAAUUUUGGUCACGGCUUGUUAGGCGAGAAUAUCCGUUUUCAGAUUCAUUUCCGAUAUUGGCUAAGGAUGUUUUUGCUUGACCAUUACGAGUGGAGGAUGCCGCGUAUGCACUACGGACGGAGGAACACCAGGGAGUAUGCCCAAAGGCGUCACUAUGACAUGGAGGGUAACUUGGUGCUACCCAUGUUUCCGGAUCCUGAAGAACAGUACAGGGAGUUUCCAUUCAGGUACCCGCACGAGCAGACUGUGAGGCAUAAGGUGUUGAUGCCACAUUUCCAGAGGAUUGCUAUAGAGGAACAUCUACUGCAGGGCGAUGCGAGGUUCCAGCUUGCAACCGAAGAGGGGCCCCCGAGGAAGUGUGGCCGUCCAUGCAAGCCGCCAAGUGCAGCAGGGGGACCCCCAAGGGUGUUCACCGGGAAGUGCCAGUGUGGAGUGCUGAUCAAGAAUGCUCAGGAGGACCGAUCAGUCGCUGGAUACACCGAGGACUUCAUCAACCAAGCCAAACUGUUCAAACCGAAGAAUGCAGAGACGUGGUGCGUAUGGUAUAAGAGCGGGCUUCGUAAGGAACUCCAGGCGUAGUUGAGGGGUGUUUUGGAGCCCCUGGAGUUCGCGCUAGUGAGGCAGAUGGCAGGCUUCGCCAUGGAGGCAGAAGAGAAGAUUGCAGCCGAUGUGGCCGCUCUCUCAAUCAUGGAAGGAGGAAACCCGGGUAGGGACGUCGAUGGCUAUGAGGUGCCGGUCGGGGAACUCGCUAAGGGAAAGCGGGGGCGUCCGCGAAAACCUCCUACAGUGACAUGUGAUUGUGACGUACUGGUCCAGAUGGUUCAGAAG